CCACAAUCACAAUAGCCCACUUACGUUCCCAUACUUCCUCUCUGCGCGUUCCAUUGUGGUCAUAAAGCGGACUUCCCUGGAGAAUCCCCCCGCACACGGCAUCUUACGGUUCCUCGCACUUUGCAUCCGGCGCCGGUAUAUUGACCUUAUUGUCCUCGCCCAUCACAGUCACAAAGCGCACUAUACUACCGGACGCGCUGUCCCCGCACCGAGAUGAUGCAUCUCGUUGGCAAUUGUCCGGUUGUCAACCUAGUGGCGUACUUAUCUGGCUUGCGAGGAAGUAUGCGCAUCUGCUCGCGCCUCCAUCCUCUUCGUUAACUUAAGAGACCACUGGCUGGCUCUGCGACUCGCUCGACUCGGACUACGGUACCCUCGCACUGCUACGCGACUCUCAUGACUAGCCAGAACAACAAGCACGGGCACACAUACCGCCGCACCACGCCGUCUGCUUCCCCGGCCACCCCCUCGACCUCCAGCCACGCCAUGUCCGACGCCGAAGCCAUCCCCGCCAUGCCCACCUCCAUGAUCGACAACACCCUCAUCGCGCUCCGCAGCCUCUUCUCCCGCUCCACGCACCACCUGAACCAGCUGAAGACGACCCUCGCGAACGAGCGCUCGGCGACCGCGGCCACCCGCGCGGAGAACAUGCAGCUCAUCCAGCGGAACGCGGUCCUGCGCGCGGAGAACGACAUGCUGAAGGCGCAGCUGCAGAACCUCACGGUGCACGCGGGGCGCGUGCGCGAUGAGAAGGAGGCGCUCGAGCGGAUAUGUCUGCGCAUGAAGGCGCGCGAGCUGUCUGCGUCGCAGCAGGCCACCACGACAUGGACCGUCCAUGUACCGCGGCAGCCCAGGCGCAGGCGCGCGGAGGCCUUCCCGGUCAUGCCGACGACGCGGAACCGACGCGUGCACCCGUAUGCGUCGUCGACGGAUACGCUUGUGGAUGACUUGGACGCGCCGUAUGCAGGGAAGAUGUCGCUACCUUCGUCGCAGGGGUCAUCGUCACCGCCCACUCGGACCCGCGCCCUACCGCGGACGUUGUCGGCACCGGCGGGCCUCGGUCUACAAGUGCACCUUGCCCUUGCGGACCAGGCGGCAGACCAGGUGGCAUACACAACCGUCAGUGCCCCUGUAGCUCCUCCGCCCGUCACCCCAGCAGCUCCUACUCCUGUCGCGCCCGCGGCCUCUUCAUCUCUCGACGAUGCAGCUGCCCGACUAUCUUCCUCAUGCGCCGAGAUCCAGCGCUUCCUCGCCGCGCACUCGACGCCGCCUCACCGGCCUACGUCGUUACCCGCCAUGCCUGUCGCACCUGCCGAGCCCAGCACGAGGUCAGCGCAUAUAAGGCGUCCAAGCAGCACGCCGCUGCCGGACCACGCACCCAUGGACGUCGAUGAGGCUCCUGCUUCUACUUCCAGCAAUGCGCCUUCAUCCUCAUCUGGCAAGCCCAGGCAUGCUGCUAUCGUGCUUGACCCCUCGCCUUCCAAGUAGUGCCGUCGGCUUCAUUGUCCCCCUUGCGCCCCGUAUCGUUAUCAGCUUCAUUUCCUGCUCGCUAUAUUGCUUCAUUUACCUCUCAUAUUCCCUGUUCACAUCACACAUCGGAAUAUUUCAUCUCGUUCUCGGAUCGGAUAGCUUUCAUCAUGCUCGUGAUACAUUCAUCUCUCGUCGUUGUAGUUCUACAUUAUGCAUAUGCUUGUAUGUCCGUUAUAUGUGGUCGUUUAAUAAUGGAUGGAUGUGUUUUUGUUUUGUGUGCAAG